AGUGGAGGUGGACCCUUGAGACCCAACACUUACCAUGCUACUCCCUGGGAGGCCCAGGAACUGCUGACGAGACCACUGGACGGUUAUCGUAUCUCUUAUAAUUACCAAAAAGAAUGGACAAGCUUAAUAAAAUAACUGUCCCAGCCAGUCAGAAGUUGAGGCAGCUUCAAAAGAUGGUGCAUGAUAUUAAAAACAACGAAGGUGGAAUAAUGAACAAAAUAAAAAAGCUGAAAGUCAAAGCACCUCCAAAUGUUCCUCAAAGGGACUACGCUUCAGGCAGUGCUGCUGACGAAGAAGAGCAGUGGUCAGAUGACUUUGACAAUGAUUAUGAAAACCCAGACGAGCACUCCGACUCAGAGAUGUACUUGGUACCCGCUGAGGAGAACGGGGAUGACAGUUACGAGCCACCUCCAGCUGAGCAGGAGAUGAGGACCGUCCACCCAGCCCUGCCCUUCACCAGGGGAGAAUAUAUAGACAAUCGCUCAAGCCAGAGGCACUCUCCACCCAUUAGCAAGACAAUUCCCAGUAAGCCCAGCUGGCCUUCAUCUAAGGCAAGGCUCUCCUCCACCCUGCCAUCCUCCACAUCUCUUCAGAAACCUCAAGUACCACCCAAGCCCAAAGACCUCCUUGAGGAUGAGGCUGAUUAUGUGGUCCCUGUAGAAGAUGAAGAUGAAAACUAUAUUCAUCCCACAGAAAGCAGUUCACUUCCAUUUGAAAAAGCUCCCAUGGUGAACAGAUCAACCAAGCCAAGUAACCCUUCAAAGCCAGCCUCUGCUCCAGUGACAGCCUCAGGUCGAAACAGCGGGGUCUGGGAGUCCAAGUUACCUUCUUCACCUGCAGCGCCAUCCCCACUGCCCAGGGCUGGGAAGAAGCCAGCUGCACCACUGAAGACAACUCCAGCUGCCUCUCAACAGAAUGCAUCAAGUGUUUUUGAAGAAAAACCUAUACCUGCUGAACGCCAUCGAGGAUCCAGUCACAGACAGGAAGCUGUGCAGUCACCAGUGUUGCCUGCAGCCCAGAAACAAAUUCACCAAAAACCCAUACCUCUACCAAGAUUUCCAGAAGGGGGAAGCCCAACUGUGGAUGGGCCAUUACCCAGCUGUUCAACUAAUUCCAGUUUGUCAGAACAGGAAGCUGAAGUUCACUGUAAACCAUGGUAUGCUGGUGACUGCGAUCGAAAGUCUGCUGAAGAGGCAUUAUACAGGUCAAACAAGGAUGGAUCAUUUCUCAUUCGGAAAAGCUCUGGUCAUGAUUCCAAACAACCAUAUACAUUAGUUGUAUUUUUUAAUAAGCGAGUAUAUAAUAUUCCUGUGCGAUUUAUUGAAGCAACAAAACAGUACGCUUUGGGAAGAAAGAAAACUGGUGAAGAGUAUUUUGGAAGUGUUGCUGAAAUAAUCAAGAAUCACCAACACAGUCCCCUGGUUCUCAUCGACAGUCAGAACAACACAAAAGAUUCCACCAGACUGAAGUAUGCUGUUAAAAUUUCAUAAAGAAAGAACACUGGAAGUCAGCAUUGUUGCUUCAGAUAUUUUCCCAAACUUUCUAUUUAAAAUUUCAAAACUUUAUAUUUUACAUUAUGAACAAUUUAGUAAGAAAAUAGAAGAUGGAAGAAGCUAUUGAAGUGUUCACCCAUUUCUUUCUAAGAAGCUCACAUGGAAUUAUUUUAUCUACUGCCUGACUGUGAUGUGAUGAACUGUUAAUAUUUGGUAAAGUUAUCAUGCUAUUAAUCGUCUCCAAAUAAAUUUUUAUUU